AUGGGAUACUGCAACUAUCCGAAAAGUGCAAUUGUGAUUGUUGUUUGUCCGUUGAAUGCCCUUAUCGAAUGCCAUAUGAAGGAGUUACGACAGCGGGGAAUUUCGUGUACUUGUUUAUCCGGAGAUGAUGCCGACCAAGAUGGCGCACUCGCUGGGAAAUACGCGUUCGUCUUUGCAAACCCUGAGGCGCUUAUCCUGAACGAAAAAUGGAGGAAGAUGCUUCAGUCGCCCAUCUAUCAAAGCAACCUGUUUGGGAUUGUUACCGAUGAAGCCCAUGUUAUUCCUAAAUGGUAUGUUGACUAGUGUUGUUGUGGUUUGAAUUUACUAAGCUUUUAAUUAUCACAUUCAACUUUUGCAACAAUACGAUUUGAGCUUUACUAAUUUCCUAUUUCAAACGUUUACAACAUGUUUUGAAACAAGUUGGAUGGAUUAGGAAUUAAUAUAAACACAAAACAUGUAUUUUGCAGGGAAAAUUUGCUUAAAUUGACGUCUAAAUUGGACUUGUUUUCAUUGAUUGUCUACAAUGAUUUUGUAGUAAGGGACUUGUGCAUUGUGCAAAUCCUGGUAUGUAAAUAAGAUCUUUAAAGGAGGAUUUCUAUAAUUUAUCAAUAUAGGAGACCAUUAUUUUUUUACUUCUCCCUUUUUUUCUGUUUCGUCUCUUUUAUUCAUGUAUGUGGAGGGUUUCCCUGUUUUAUCAUUGAUUAGCCCUACUCAACACUCAUAAAAAGAACAUGUUUUCAGGUCUCGACAACAUUAAUCCUGAACAGUCUCUUUUUUAAAUUUACCAGGGGCUAUGAUAGCAAAGAAAAGCAACAAGCCUUUCGUGCAUGUUUUGGACGGUUGGGUGAGCUUCGUUCACUAGCUGCAGACAAAACUCCAGUAAUGGCACUAACAGCAACAGCAACCAGAGAGACAAGGCAGCAAAUCAUUAAUGGUCUGAAUUUGAAGGACAACCUGCACCUGAUUGUUGCAAGCCCAAAUAGGUCGAACAUUUAUUUGUAUGUUGCUAAAGUAAACAAAAACUUGUCUGAGACGUUCGGUUGGCUGGUUGAAAAGUUGAUAGUUGAAAAACAGGCUUGCCCAAGAACUUUGGUUUAUUGUAAGACUACCAAGGAAUGUGGACAACUAUUUAGUUUUUUUAAAAUGGAGCUAAAAGAAAAUGCUUAUGUCAGCAGUGAUCACAAGUCUGACAACAUGUUGAUUGGUAUGUUUCACCACAACACCCUUGACAAACAUAAAGGUAGAGUUAGCACCUCACUCUACAAACCUUCUGGAACCUGCAGAGUGGUGUUUGCUACAAAUGCUCUUGGUAUGGGAAUUAACUUCAAGGACAUUGCUUAUGUUAUUCACUAUGGGCCAGGAGCAUUAUAA